UGGGGACCAAGGUGUUGAUGAGCUAGGACAGUCCUCUGUGCAGUCCUCCGAAGGCCCAGCGCAGGUCCUCCACAUGCUGGCGGCGGUGGGAUCCCUGGUGGCCGCCCUCUGGGGCGCGCUCCACCUCCGCACUGUUCUCCUGGGCGCUGUUGCCUUCCUGUUCUUUGCCGACUUCCUCAAAAGGAGGCGCCCAAAGAACUACCCUCCGGGGCCCUGGCGCCUGCCUUUUCUGGGAAACUUCUUCUACCUGGACGUUGAAAAAUCCCAAAUGGCGGUUAAGCGGCAUGUGAAGAAAUACGGUAACCUUGUUAGUUUGGAAGUAGCUGACAUAUCUGCAGUGCUUGUAACUGGACUGCCCUUAAUCAAAGAAGUCCUUACCCACACGGACCAGAACUUUAUGAACCGGCCCAUGACUCCUACUCGAGACCAUGUCUUUGGUAAAAAGGGACUGAUCAUGUCCAAUGGCCAAAUAUGGAAGGAACAAAGAAGGUUCACCCUGACCACACUAAGGAACUUUGGUUUAGGAAAGAAGAGCCUAGAGGAACGCAUCCAGGAAGAAGCCUACCACCUUGCUGAGGUCAUAGCAGAGGAGAAAGGACAGCCUUUCAACCCUCACUUCAAGAUCAACAAUGCAGUUUCCAAUAUAAUUUGCUCUAUCAUCUUUGGGGAACGCUUUGACUACCAGGAUGCUGAGUUUCAGGAGCUGCUGAGGUUACUGGAUGAAGUUACCCAUUUGGAAGGAUCUCCUGUGGGCCAACUGUACAAUUUCUUUCCACGGAUAAUGGAAUUCCUCCCUGGACCUCAUCAUACUCUCUUCAGAGACUGGGACAAACUGAAAUCAUUUGUUUCUCGUGUGAUUGAAAAUCACAAGAGAGACUGGAAUCCCAAUGAGCCAAGAGACUUUAUUGAUGCUUACCUCAAGGAAAUGGCACAGCACCCAGACAAGACCAUUUCAAGUUUUGAUGAAGAAAACCUCAUCCUUAGCACCCUGGACCUCUUUUUCGCUGGGACAGAGACGACAUCCACAACACUGCGCUGGGGUCUGCUAUACAUGGCCCUCUACCCAGAAGUCCAAGAAAAAGUACAUGCUGAGAUUGACAGAGUGGUUGGCCAGGGGCAGCAGCCAAGCUUGGCCAACCGAGAGUCCAUGCCCUAUACCAACGCUGUCAUCCACGAGGUGCUGAGAAUGGGCAACAUCAUUCCUCUGAAUGUUCCCAGAGAAGUGAGUGUUGAUACUGCUUUGGGUGGAUACCACCUGCCAAAGGGAACCAUGAUCGUGACUAAUUUGACUGCACUGCACAGGGACCCCACAGAGUGGGCAACUCCAGACACAUUCAACCCAGAGCAUUUUCUGGAAAAUGGACAGUUUAAGAAGAGGGAAUCCUUCCUACCUUUCUCACUAGGAAAACGUGGAUGCCUUGGAGAACAGCUGGCUAGGUCUGAGCUGUUUAUUUUCUUCACUUCCCUUCUGCAAAAAUUUACCUUCAAGCCACCAAAGAACGAAAAGCUGAGUCUGAAGAUUAGGGUGGGCCUUACACUUUCCCCAGAGAGCUACCGCAUCUGUGCUAUCCCCAGGGCAUGAUGGUGAAGGAGAAAGAGAGAAGAAAUGGCAUGUCUCUGACGCCUCUGGUGGUUAUACAGAUGUGAGGGGACAGAAUGAAGGUGGGGGAGGAAAGAUGUGAGGAAUUAAGCUAAGAGGAAAUUGGAUCACAAUCCUAGCUCUGCUAUUUCGUUCAGAAUUGAUACAGGGCAAAUCAUGUAUGGAUGAAGUGAUUGACCUUUACAUCCUGGAGAUGGGAAGGAAUGUGGAUGUUUUUCUCUAAAUACAGGUCUUUGUAAGAAUCAAAGGGAAUAAAGGUGAAGGGAGGGGAGGGAAAUGGAGAAAACUAAGAAUCAAGAUAUAUCAUGUAAAGGUGUAGGUUCCCAAAUGAUGAAUGUAACUGUUGUAUACCUAAAUUGUACCAAUAAACAUAAUGAAAAGCAGAAGCAAAGGAAAUAAUGGAAUAAUGGACUCUAGGUGAUUUGUAAUCAAUAAAGCACAUCAUAAAAUUAUAGUU